GCGGCGCGGCAAGAUGGCGGACAAAGAGAAGAAGAAGAAGGAGAGCAUCUUGGACCUGUCCAAGUACAUCGACAAGACGAUCCGCGUGAAGUUUCAGGGAGGCCGCGAAGCCAGUGGAAUCCUGAAAGGGUUCGACCCCCUCCUCAACCUCGUGCUGGACGGCACCAUCGAGUACAUGCGAGACCCGGAUGACCAGUACAAGCUCACAGAGGACACCCGCCAGCUGGGCCUGGUGGUCUGCAGGGGCACGUCCGUGGUGCUCAUCUGCCCGCAGGACGGCAUGGAAGCCAUCCCCAACCCCUUCAUCCAGCAGCAGGAUGGCUAGCAGGGCUGCGGCGCCCGACAAGGGCACACGGGCACAGGGCACCGAGGCCCCAGGGCAGGGCCCGGGCGGCACGGCUUUCCAUGGACUCAGAGCUGCCCUCCCCACCUCACGUGCUGCCUGCUGCAGCAGACGGCCUUUUCUUUUUGUAUGGGUUAAAUUUUUGUUUUCUUAAUAAAACUGCAAACCUCAA